AUGGACUAUCUCACAGGCAGUCCGGUUUAUGAAUUUCCUUAUUCUGGUUACAAUACACCUUCAACACCAUUUUUAAAUAACAAUACUAAUACAUUACUACCGAAUUAUGCACCAGCAUUAAAUAAUUUACUUUACAAUGAACCUUCAACUAUUACCAUGCAUUGCACACCACAAAUUACUUCUAUUCCACGUGGAAAUCCUCUUGUCUUUCACGUUUCAAAUGAUGUAUCGCUCAAUACAAUUUUUAGACAACUUGGUAUAGAUGCCUGCUCAUUACAGCAACCUUCAUCUCUUAAUAAUUAUUAUACAUCACCAUUAACAGAAGUAAUUCUUCCACGACGGCGAUCAGAUUAUCAUCGACGAUUAAUUUGUCAUAACGCUUCAGAUUCAGAAAGUGAUUAUUAUCCAAAACGUUCAUCGCGAUCAGAUCAUCAUCAACGAUUAAUUUGUCGUGAAGCUUCAUAUUUAGAUAGUGAUGAAUGUCAAAGGCCUCCAUUCCGAUCACAUCGUCGUCGACGAAUAAUUUGUCGUGAAGAUUCAGAUUCAGACAGAGAUGAUGAUGAAAAAUAUUCAUCACGUCAUCAUCGUCGGCAGAAUCGACACCAACAUCAUUCUGGUCCUGAUAUGAAUCAAGGCAGUCAAUCUCCUGCUGGUCUUCAUAGUUUAUUAGGCAAUGUUUGGCAACGAAUGGCAGGAGCUCCAGAAUAUCCGCCUCAAUCAAACGUACCUCCAUCUCAUCCUGGCGCUAUGAAGAAUGUUUGGCAACAUAUGCAAAAUGCGCCUCCACCAAUGCCGCCACCAGGAAACCAGAGCUCUGGUGGUAUUGCUAGUUUGUUUGCUAAAAUGAGCUCAGGUGGUGGUAAUGUUAAUAUGCCGCCACAACAGAAUCAAGCACCUGUGCAAAGUUUUCCUCCUGUAAGUAAUCUACCAGCUGGAACUCAUCAACCAAGUUCUGGCGUCUCAAAAGUCUGGAAUAUGAUGAGUCAUCCACCACAACAAGGUGCUCCACUUCCUGUAAAUCCUUCUUGGAACCAACCGUCAGCGCCACCUUCUGCAAUGAAUUCUGUUUGGGGCCAAAUGUCAUCAGCACCUGCAAUGAAUCCUGUUGGAAAUCAAAUGCUACCACCACCAGCGCCACCUUCUGCAAUGAAUUCUGUUUGGGCCCAAAUGUCAUCAGCACCUGCAAUGAAUCCUGUUGGAAAUCAAAUGCUACCACCACCAGCUCCUCCAAUGAAUCCUGCUGCAAGUCAAACAUCGCCUGCAACGAGCAAUGUUUUGAGUAAAAUGUUUGGUCAAUAA